GAUAAUGACUGCACCAAUAAAAAAUAGACUUUGGGACAAAGUACCCAAAAAGAAGGCCUUUGAAACUAGCCAGCCACAACGAGAGUGCUGCAUACAGCGGGGGAACAUGAAAGAGGUCACAGAAUCGAUUGCUGUUGUUGACCUAAGCAUAGGAUCGGUCAAAUCAACUGGCCGCUGCACGGACGUGAAUGAGGUAGAAAGUGAUACUGCUGAUGAGUUUAGCCCAAAUGAUGAAUGUACAUCAGGUCAAACGAACCAGACAGAUUCCCCAGAAACACGAAUAGUGAUCAAGAAAUUACAUCUGGAGGAAGAAGAAGAUGGAAUGCAUGAGGAGCCUGAAGGUUCAGAUAGUAAUGAGUUGAAAAGAUCAACCAGGAAUAUUUCUAAACGCAGUCCUCAGAGUUACAUGUGUGACAAGUGUCAUCAGACAUUUCAAUUUUUGAAACCAUAUCAAACUCACAUGAGCACCGAGCACGGCAUUACUAUUGUAGUGAAGUACAGCUGCAACAUGUGUUCUCAGCUCUUUUCCAAUCACCAGAAUCUAAGGCAGCACAGACUGACCGUUCACAACAGUGAGCGCCCCUUUGCCUGCUCUUUAUGUGACAAACGAUUUAAGCGCCAAAAAGAUAUUAAUGAUCAUGUCAGGAGAGUGCAUGAGAAGAAAAGGACUCCACAAACGUGCCCUUAUUGUGACAAAAUUAUUAGUUCCAAGUGUGGACUGACAGUUCACAUCAGAACACACACAGGAGAAAAGCCAUACAAAUGCCAAUAUUGUCCAGCGAGCUUUGCUCAGCGGUCUGCCUACAACACUCACGUAAGGAAGAUUCAUGAAUCUGGUCAAGAAAAGAAACAACCAUUUAUGUAUUGGAAAGUAGUGCCCCAAGUAGAUAAAUCAGACGACGUGGCUGGUUUUGUCAUGGAUGCCGGUCGUACCAAGGAGACUUGGGAUAGAUCAGAGGAUAAUGACUUGGUCAUGGAUGUAAGUGAUAAUAAAGAAACAUGUGAUGAAGAGGAGCAACAAAGUACGUCUGAUACAGAUAUGGGGUGCAGAAAUAGCAAUGAAGUGGAAGAAGAGAAGGGUAAAGAGACUGAGAAUGCACAAAAUAGUCCACUGAAUAAUGAAGACAAUCAUGUUAAGCACAAAGAGGAUAGUGGAGAGGAGGAAGAUUUUGAAAACAAUGAAGAUGAUGAUGACGAUGCAGAGUAUGAGGUGGACGAUGAUGAAAACAACAGCACAGAUAAUGAGGACGACAGUAAUUAUAAAGAUGAAGACGAUGCGAAUGACCAAGAUCGUGAACCAAAUUAUUCUGAUGAGGACUUUGAACCAAAGACGUCAAGUAAAAGAGGAAGAUCACGCAAAUCUAAUCACAUCAUUAAGUGUGACAAAUGUGAUCACGAAUUUGAUUCCAGAAAAGAUUACGUGAUUCACUGCAAAGAUGUUCACCAGUCCUUACCAGGGAAAGUCUAUCACUGUGACAUCUGUGGCAAGGCCUUUGCCACACAAAACAGUUGGAAAGAGCAUUGUGCUUGUGUUCACAGCGAUGAAAGGCACUUUGCUUGUACUCUGUGCAAUGCAACUUUUAAGAGAAAAAGAGAUGUACGAACUCACUACGCUCGGAAGCAUGAGGGCCGUAUAAAACGUCCCCUGUGCUCGGUUUGUGGCAAGAUUCUGAGCUCAAGAACAGCUCUUGUGUUUCACAUGCGGACACACACUGGAGAAAAGCCUUAUGAAUGUUCCAUUUGCCACUCUCGAUUUGCCCAGCCUUCACAAUUGAAAAUUCACACAAGGUCACACACUGGAGAAAAACCCUAUGUUUGUGAGGACUGUGGAGCCUGUUUUACUGAUAAAGCUAAACUAAAUGGUCAUAAGAGGACACACACUGGUGAACGCCUUUUUGGGUGUGAUGUGUGUGGGAAACAUUUUGCUACCAAUGAGUAUUUGAAGUGUCACAAGCGAUGUCACAUGGGAGCCAAACCUUAUAAGUGUAACGUAUGUGGAAAGAGUUUUGGCUUAAGAGCCUCUUUCGCUCAACACAGAAAUAUCCAUGCAGAAACACGUCCAUAUUUCUGUGAACAGUGUGGAAAAGAUUUUACCCAGCAGGGGGCACUGCGGCGUCACCAGCGUAUUCACACUGGGGAGAAGCCUUAUAAGUGCAAGGCUUGUGAGCGGACCUUCACAGAUAUGUCCACUUUGAGAAGACACGUAUCGGUUCACGACAGGAAUGCUCACUGGCGAUCCUACUUGAUUGAUCUUACCUCAAAGAAAGAUCAUAAUUGGUCAAAAAUUGAAACUUUAGCAGAUGUGUGCCUCUCCGAUAAUCCUGUACCUGUAAGUUGGAUAAAUGUUCGCAAUGAACCAUCAGUGGAAGGCAUGCAACCAGGGCACUGACCAAUGCUACUGAUAGAGGUAGUUACGACAGGCAUGAUAUGUAUUGUCUACUGUUGAUUAUGAUCUGCACAAGCACCAAAAUAUUGGGAAAGCCACAGAUAUGAUCACCUCUGUUUUGAUAUGACCUCAAGCAACACCCUCAUGAAUCUCAUAUGGCAUGUAAGACAAUGUUGGGUCUUUGGAUCAGAUUUAGAGAAUAGUUUUCAUUAUUUAUACGCCUUUGUGACAAAGACUAAGUCCAUCUGUAAAUUCCAAAAACUAUAGACAAGUGUAGAACCUGUCCUCUAGUUCAAUAAAGAUUCACUACUCAUUCCAAAGCCAGAGCAGCAUUAAAACAAGGUGAACAGUGAUGGAUGAGGCUUUUCUUACGCACUCUGUCAGACGCUGGGUAUGAGAGCUUCAAAAGCAUUCUAUUGCUGGCAUGGACCUCAAGCCAAUGGUGCAGUGUAGAGGAUAUCUGAUUUGAAGAAUGAUGAAGACUCUACAAAGUGGUUGUCUCUUUUGUACAGUUCUAAAUCAAACCAACUAUAUAUGUACCAUUUAGAAAAUUGCACAACCAUUAACAAGUACACUACAAUUUUGAGAUGUGCUGCACCAGGAAAAUUUUAUUAUAGUUAUUUAAUCAACAAACUAUUUGAAACAUGUAAAUCUAUCAGGUUAAUUUGGUACUAGUGCAACAUAGUGCAUAAUGAGGUGAUCUAUUUUAGACAUAUUUCCUUAGCUUUAAAGUUUUUUUAAAAAAAAUUCCCUGGUGUUAUAUUAGGGCUUGCCACUAAUACAGUAUUACAGAAAUAAUACUUUUAUUCAAUAUACAAAAAUCAUUGUUUUGUUUAAUGUACUUUAACUUACCUGGAAGCACUAAUAGAGAGAAAAUCUGCUUUGUUGUGGCAGAAAGUAGAAUUGCACCUGUGUGUUAAAUUUGUAUAAUGGAUUUGCUUUAAAUAGAUCACAAAAUAUAAGGUUCUAAAUUGUAGCUAUACAUUUGUUUCAAAUCUUAGAAAUGAUAGCCUCAAUGUACCUUAAAGUUUAUUUAUUUUACUACUAAAGAAGUGUAAUUCGUAACACAUUGUAUGUGGAGAUGAGCAUUUGCUUCUGUUUGUAUCCUUGGAUUCUUAAACAUGUAUUUUAAGACAUUUAAUGAUUGCUGUAAUAAUUAACUCCUGAAAUGUUUAGUCAUGUGUUCAAGAAUUUCAAAAACUUUUAAAGACCACUUGAGAAUUGCAUCAAUAUAUGCCUUAUGUCUAUUAUCUUAAACUACAGUGCAAUAUUGUAAACGAUUCAAAUUUUAUAAACUUGGAGAUUAAUAUUCUUUUAUUUGAUCAAAAUGGAACAUUAAGUCCAGUUAAAACUCAUUUAAAAUUUAAAAUAGCUUUGAUAUGGUUUGGAGAUGUCUGGAAAUUUGAUAGUUGGUGUUUUCAAAGCUGGGAGGUAUUAUACAAGGUGGAAGUCGCUACUUUAACUGGUAAUUUGUGUUCUAAUCAGUGUCUCAUGUAUGUUCAAUAUACAGUAUUGUGGACUCAUAUAUAUAUAUAUAUAUAUGCUCUGCAUUUAAUGCAACUAAGAUGCGUUUUCUGUCACUCAUCAUGUUACUAUGUUGUAAUGUCUUACAUUAAAUGUUACAAGUGUA